AAAACUUUGUACCGUAAUAUAAAAUCUCUGGCAUUAUUUUUUUUCUCAAGCGUUUUUUGUUAUCCAAUCAGUACCUAGCCUCAGCCCGGUUGCCUAGCAUUGGAAGCAAGCGGGAAGUAUGGCGGCAGCAUCGGUUGCGGAGGUUUCCGCAACGAAGACUGAGGGGGUCAAGCCAUCCACGGGCGCUAGUCAAGGUUCUUUAAUUAAUUGGUCAGGCCAGGGUUUACAAAAACUAGGACCAACUUUAGCCUGUAAUGCAGACAUACAUACUCUGAUUUUGGAUAAAAAUCAAUUAAUUAAAUUGGAACACCUGGAGAACUAUAAGAACUUGAUGCAGUUGUCAGUAGCCAACAAUCGUCUAGUGCGGAUGAUGGGUAUAGCAAAGUUGACUCAUCUUCGAGUGUUAAACUUGCCUCACAACAGUAUUGGUAACGCAGAGGGAUUGAAAGAGCUAAUGUACCUGGAGUGGUUGAAUCUGGCAGGAAACAAUUUAAAGACUAUAGACCAGAUCAGUUGCUGCACAUCUCUUCAACAUCUUGAUUUGUCAGAUAACAAUAUACCCCAAAUAGGAGAUAUCUCCAGACUUUCAUCUCUAAAGACUCUGCUGCUGCAUGGAAAUAUAAUAACUUCACUGCGUUCAGCACCUUCUUGUUUACCUCAAGGCCUGACUAUUUUUUCACUAGCAGAAAAUGAAAUUAGAGAUUUGAAUGAGAUUUCUUUCUUGACCUCUUUUCCUAAACUAGAGCAACUCUCAAUUAUGAACAAUCCUUGUGUGAUGGCAACACCUAACAUUCCAGGUUUUGAUUACCGACCAUUUAUUGUCAAUUGGUGUCUCAGUCUUAAAGUAAUUGAUGGAUAUGUGGUUUCUCAGAAAGAAAGCUUGAAAGCAGAAUGGCUUUACAGUCAAGGAAAGGGAAGAUCAUUCCGACCAGGCCAGCACCUUCAGUUAGUACAAUAUUUGGCCAGUGUUUGUCCUCUUACUACUAUGUUUGGACUCCAGUCAGCAGAGGAUGCCAAACUGGAAAAAAUACUACAUAAGCAAAGGUUGCAUCAGAGGCAAUUGAUGUAUCAGAGCCAUGCCAAUGAGUCACUUGUAUCCUCAACUCUGAAUAAAGGACUACCCAUUAAUAAUGAGCCAAACAGUCCUGCCCAUGUACAACAAGAAAUAACCGAAGGUGAACGUAUUAUUAAAAAGAAUACCUGGGUUGUGACAAAAUCCAAUGAUGACCAUUCUUAUGCAGUUAAAAAUGUUUCUCCAACUUCGGUACAAGCUGAAAGAAAUACUUUUAAGGAUUUUUAUUUGGAUGAUAUACAAACUGACGAGGAUAAAUUGAAUAGUAGUCUCCUAUCUUCAGAAUCUACUUUUAUGCCUGUUGCUUCAGGGCUGUCUCCAAUGUCGCCCACUUCAACAGAACUGAAACUUCAUGGAAUUGGCAUUGAUAUAGAGGAUGUGGAAGAUGUGGGGGAUACAUAUUUGGAAUUUACAAAAGAUAUUAAUAUGCAGAACAAAGAAAAGCAGAAAAGUGAUUCUGUGCUUUUGGGAAAGUACACCCUCAAGUCAGCAGAUGUGGUAGAAACUCAAAAUGCAUAUCAAGAGGAGGAUAUUUUCCCCAUUGCUUCUUCUUCAGUAAACACUGAUAUUCAACCAGAUGACGUUAGCAGUUAUCAAGCAUCCCUUGAUGACAAUGUAAAGUUCAGUAACUUAAAACAGACACACUCACCUGAAGAGAAUGUUAUCAAAUGUGUUUCUGUUGCUAGCUCUCUAGAACUGUCUACUGAUGCAUCAGUUACUGUAACCCAUAAGAAAAAUGAACUUCUAGAAAUGAAUAAAGCUGCCACCAAGCUUCAGGCCUGUUGGAGAGGAUUUUAUACAAGAACAUUCCAUCCCAGAGUCAGGGAAGCACACUAUGAAAUUCGACUCAGCAGAAUGCAAGAACAUAUCAUUCAUUUAACUGAAGAAGUUCAAAAGUUAAGAAAAGAAAAAAAUGAAGAGAAGCUUCAAAGACUUGUGCAAGAGGAAGCUGUCAAAUUUCUUUGGGAUCAGGUUAAAUCUAUUCAGGAAUGGCAGCUUUCAGUAAACCAACACCUAAGUAAUAUCUGGAAAAAAGAUUCCCCUGCGUGUAGCAUUCUGGGUCCACAUGAAUUAUUCAUACAGUCAUCUAGACCAAAUCAAGAACCUUCUCCUAUUGAUAGUUCAACUUGGUUAGGUUCAUCUUCUGAAAUGUCUCAUCAGAAAUGUUUACAGGAAUAUCCUGAUUCAGGUUUCCAUUCCUGUGUAUCAGACCAAAAUAUCCUUAAUGAAUUGCAGAACUCUGAAAAACAUUUGACAAAAACAAAUGAAGGCUUUCUAGGAAAUUCUCUGCAAACAGUUAAGCCCUAUGAAGAUUUUCUUUCGGGAAGCCUUUCUGAUGCUGUGAUCCCAGUUGACCACAAGGAAUAUUGUAAAGAGAAUUUGAACAAUGAUCAGAACAAUACUCUUCUCCAAGAAUAUUUAAAAACAGUUGAGGAACUAGAUGAUUCUGAUGAAAAGACAAAUUGCAGCAAUGGAAUAGAAAGUUGUAAGACCAAUACAGCUGUUUCGUCAGAAGAAAAGGAUAUUUUAUGCAGUGCUGUUUUAGUCUCUCAGGAUGUGCUUCCAUUAGCAGAAGAAGGAAUUGAUACAUUCGAUCUAAAUGAUAAAAUGGCAGAAAAAAAGACAAACUGUGAUUCUUCAUUGCAGACACUUUCUGUUAGGCUAUCUGUAUAGCAAGCAUAGACUGACAGAAAAAUUUUUAAAAGCCACAUUAACAUUUUAUGUUAUUAGACCAAUUUCUAUACAUUUUGGGAGAUAUCGGUCGUCUUGCUUUUAAAAAUCGCUUGUUAGAGGAUUAACGCUUGUUAGAGGAUUAACAAACAGGUUUGUUAAUCCUCUAACAUUAGAUUUACACUCUAUUAAAUUAUAUCAAGAUAGGUUCAAAUAGACAUGGUAACAUAACAUUUUAUGUGGUUUCGUUAUCACAGAUUUUUAUGACUCUUAAGUACUUUACAUAUUGCUGUUAUCAUAGCUGAGCUAAACAACUGUUUUCUCCAAGGAAACAAAGCAUGUAUCCUUAUUGUAAUAUUCAAAGAAAGAAAUAUAAAUAUUUAAUUUGACGAAUAAGGGCAGUAUGCAGAAGUUUAUAUUUGAAGGCACAAACAUAGCAUCUAUCUGCAACCCUUUAAGGCAGAUUUCAGGUUAAGGCAUUGAUAGAAAGUGUUAUUUUUGCAUCCCUACAUGAUCUGAAACAUUUUUGCCUGCAAAUCUGAAAUGCUAUUUCUCCCAAUGGUCACACAACAUACAGUUAAUAAUAUAAGAGAGAGAGUGUUUAAUUAAUAGUCUGAAAAUGUAUGCUGACACACAGGUACUAAAUUAUAAGCUUGGAAAUUUUGGAAAUCUUGUUCCAUUUACAGAUCUUUCUUUUAAAAAAACAAUGCCAGUCGGUUGACUCAUCAGUACUACAAACGUUUUUCUACAAACGUGACUAUUGAAUUCCACACAGCUGAGUCCAGUCUGUUAUCACAGAGGACUGUUUUUAUGAAGUCAUAUUUCUUUGUUUCAUUUGCUGGGACAGUGGGAAUUUUUAAAAAAAACGCAAUGCAACAAAACAAACCAGUUUGAAAGUGUGUGCGGGGGGAGGAGGGGGGGUUGAGAAGAGGCAACUUCUCACACUAUAUUCUCAUGAUAUGAACAAUUUGCCUAUUUUGCCAAGGUCAGAAUGUGUAUAAAGACAGUACAUAUUCAAUUUUAUACCUAAGAAACAAAAAAAUGAGAGGGUUUUCUUAAAAAUAGAUCAGCAUUAUAUGGCCAUGGCUGCUAAAACUAUACAGAAUAAUUGUUUAAUACCAUUACCUGCUUAGUAGAUUGCUAAGACAAAGAAGCAAGUGGCCAUGUUUUCUAGUUGCUUAGGGAGGAUUGACUGCUAAACAUAUUGCCACACGUUAAUAUGAAUUAACAAUAUUCAUUCUGGUAUUCAUGGAGAAUGCCUACAUCCUACUGCUUCACCAUAUAAUGAUAAAGAAAGCAACAAUUCUUCUUUACAGAUUCCACUGUUUCUAUCAGUAAAUGCUUUGUAUUUUUUCAUUACUAAUAAUUAAUAGUUAUUGUCAAUAAUAAAUAUUUUUCUAUUCAUAAAUUCCGGAAUUUUUAAAAGUUGUAACUUUGUUCCCAGUAUUAAGUAUAUAAUCAAGUAUACAUUGUUCUUGGCUUAAUGAGUCAAUUGCAAAUAUUGCCUUGAGAAAUUGUUAUGCCAAAUACAGGAAUAGGUUUAUUAUGUCAAAUUUAACUUCAACUUGGUAUUCUUUUUCGGAAUUCAAGAGUUUAUGCUGCCAAUCUUAAAAUUAGAAAACAAAAGCUGGAAAAAAAGCAUUGCUUAAGAGAUCUUGAAUUUUACCACAACUACCUUUAUUCAGAAUGACCCAUUGCAUUUAAAUAUUUUGGUCAUUUGCAUCUCUUUUUUAAAAAAAUCUACUGUAAAGUGUUAUAGAAUGCAUGUACUGUAUGUAUACAAUAUAUACAUGCUCAAUAUGUACAUGUUCUAGUAUAUAUUGGCCAUAAUGCUAUAAAAUUAAUCUCUAUGCUAAAGCAGCAUAAAACCAAUGCACUGUUUAAACUUGUUAUAGAGAUUAGUUAAAAGCUUAUUCUUUUUGUAGGAAGAAAUCUAAAAAUAUCAUUUUUAGAGAAUUGCAGAUAUAUUCUUUAGAAAAUACUACUUCAAGGGAAAAGUUAAACGUGCUUAAAUGGAGUUUAAAAUAUACUUGUUUCAUCUCGUUUUUCUUGAACUUCAUAUCUGUCUUUGUAAGGCUCAGUAUUUGUAUCUCUUAGUUAUAAACAGUAUGUUUGUGUACAUUUACAUUGUAGCUGACUUAAUAUUAUUUGUCUUCUGUCCUAUAAAAAUGAGUAGGGCUCCAAAGUUGGAGUAUGGGACAGAGCAAAAAAUAUUUUUUGUUCACUUAAGCAAAAUUGUUCAUUCUGUAUUGGAAUAAAUACAGGAUAAUUUUUUUCUGCUGUGAGUAAAACAUUGUGAAGUUAAGAGGAAUGCAUUGUGAUUGUAAGGAAAUUGCUUUCUGUGUUUUGAUGUAGGUAUUGAUACUUUUAGGUAUAUAUUGCUGCAAUAUAUUUGGAAAAAAUAAUGAAAAAAACAUCUUUUACAAGGGCUAAAAGAGUUAAUGAGUCCAGUUUUCAAAGAAGUUUCCAAAUGAUCAUAUUGUGAUUAUAACUGGAGUUUCAAAACCCACAUUCACAAAGCUUUUAUUCAUUAUCAAUAUGCAAAAUCAAAACUUUAACCCUCAUCAUUUGAUAAUGUGCAAGUGUGUGAACUUUCUCAGUUUUACAUAUUUACAUAUUUUGAUUAUUUUCUAUGGUUACGUGUGAUAUUUUUGUUAUCAGAAAAAGUUACAGCUUUAUAGAGAGGAAAAAUAUAUUUGCUUUUAUCUUGGGAAAUAAUAUAUAUGAAUAUUUAAAUUAAACAAUGCAAUUUUAUUUGAUUAAAAUUGUCAUUGGAUUCUUACUGGAUACAUAAGAGAGAAAGUUGAUGCAUUACUUUAAAAAACUUAAAUUUAUAUACAAAACUCAUCCUGAGAUAAAUGAGUUAACAUUAUCUUGAUUUAUACAUAACAUUAGUUUGUUUUUUUAAUUUCAGAUUUUCCUAUUUUGGAAUUCAUUGUUGUUUGUACACCUUUUAGGACUUGGCAUUACAAGUGAAUAAAACAAAUUAAGCUUUUUAAAAGACUUUUUUGACUAGCAUGAUCCAUGAACCUUUUACUGAAAUAAGCAAUGGGAAAGAAAUAAGGAAUAAGUAGAAAAGAGGAACACAUUUUUCUUCCUUCCUAUUUUUCUUAUACCUCCUACAUGUCUAAAUACUCAGUUCUGCUUUCUCUGGUUCAUAAUGCAGCGUGGGAAUGGAAACCUUUCUUCCUCCCAACUAGCAAUAUAGCAAAUAUAUUGUCUAGACAAUAUAUUGUUCUAUAAGUAGUAUAACACAUGGUAUGUAAUGUAUUCUGAGGCAGAUGCUUUUUCCAAGUAUAUCCUCUCUUUAGGAAAAUCUUUAAGCGGAGUCCAAUGCUGGUCUUGAUCAGCUGAUUUAAGAGAAGUCAAUUCUCUCUUUCUCUCUUGUAACUAUCCCAAAUCUGUUACAAAUUUGGGAACAGUCUACAACAAUUUUUAGGAAGGGUAUAAAUGGACCCUUACUUUUUUUUAAUUAAUUGUACAUUAAAUUAUGUUUUUUAAUGUUAUUUUCCUCUAAGUAAAACUUUGUGACUACUGUAAUAUGAAGAAGCUGGUUUUUAUUGUUUGUGUUUGUGUGUGGUCUGUGUAAAUAUAAAUCUUUAUAGAUUUAAUAUUUUGGCUGUAAUCUUUAACAAGAGAUUUUUUACUGAGAUCAGUGAAUUCUACUUUUACAUAAGCACAGUUUUAUUAUCUUUAAUGUAAGUGUAGUUAAAACUGAAAAUAAAAAUAUGGCCUUAUUAAUUUCAUAUCAAUCAGUAUUCAUAAAGUGAUCACUGUUCCUAAACUGGGUAAAUUCCAUAUGACUUCUUCAAAGCCAUAUAAUCUAAUGCUUCUGUUACCGAAUUUAAAAGCUUCCAGGUCAUUGUCAAAAAGAGAAGAGGAGUAAUGCUAAGGGAAAGAAAAACACUCUUAAAAAGAUUUUAUUUUAAAAAAUGUCCAUGUAAAGUUCUCUCUAGAAUGCAAAUAGGCAACAUGAUUGCAUACUUGACCGUGGUAAUUUGCUCAGCCAGAAACUGUUAUUUACAGAAAACUAAUUUGACUGUAAUAUAGCUUUUAUAAUUUGAAUUUAAAAUAUAAUCGGCAUGUUUCGAUUUUUGAAAAUUUGCAUUUGGGAAUAAUUUAUUUUGAUGUAAUAAAGAAUUCUGAAUUAA